UUUUGUGAGCCGUGUCUUGUGUGUUUUGUAUAAACGGCGGACCGGCUAGCAUUUCUUCAGUCUAUCUUUGUCAUGUCUAAGGUGAUCUCCAGCUGAUCGUAGCUGAGCCGAUAAUGAACGUACACCCAAACAGCCACUACCAUGGGUAAUUCCAGCAAUCCGGUCAGUAUGAUGAACGAGACAGACAUCACAAGUUUGAAUGAAACAACCAAGUGGUUAUGGAGAAUAUGCGGACCACUUAUUUUCAUUCCCGGAUUAAUAGGCAACUUUAUUGCCAUGUGGAUUUUCAUAAAAUUGAAAAUCACUUCUUCCAAAGCCUUUUUUCAUCUAUUUAUUUUAGCUGUCACUGAUACUGCAGUUCUGUUUACUAACCUCGGCAAACCGUGGAUUAAGCACACGUUUGAUUUAGAGGUACGAAACCUUUCAGACGCAGGUUGCAAACUUCAUCAAUUCUUUGCUUACACAUUCAUGGAUUUCUCUGGAUGGAUUUUGGUGUCCCUUGCAAUCGAGAGGUUUGUCAGCGUUUAUAGGCCUAUGGAUUACCAGAAAUGGUGCACCAUUAAACUAGCAAUGUUGAAACUUCUAAUCAUAUUUAUUGUGAUAUGCGCUAUAAAUGCUCACUUAUUGGGGACAUACGGACUCAGUAAUGAUAAUGUGUGUGAUAUCAUAAAUGAGGACUUUCGUCAUUACGACGAAAAUAUAUUUAUUUGGAUAGAUCUCUGUGUUCUAUCAUUAAUUCCGUUUGUGAUAAUGCUUACGUGUUCUGUGCUAAUCGUUUACAAGCUUAAAAAUUCGGACAUGGUCCGACAUCCCUCUCUUCACACUUCGUCAUUAAAAAAUUCAGAAACCAGUAAAUGGAAGACAGUGAACAGAAACACGCCUAACACGCAGUUACUGGUUGUCUUGGCAAUUGUUUACAUUUGCCUGUGUCUACCUAAUUCUACCACCUAUCCCGUCGAUAAAUUACUAGUACAUCCGAAGAACACCAGUUACAGCAGUGCCCAGUGGGAUGUUGCCUGGACAGUUACGUAUCUUCUACAGCUGUGUAACUACGCAAUAAACACCAUUAUUUACACGAAACAAUCCAAGAAGUUUAAUGAAGAGUUUCAAAAACUGAUUUGUUGCCAACUAAUGAGAAGAAUCUGUGGACCCAGAUCGCAGGAACAAUCUUCCAGAAUACUGAAGAACAUGAACGGUCACCAUAACAGAAGACACAACUUGGCAACUUCAUUUACUUUAUCAACAUCAAUGGGUGACAGCGGUUUUGCCAACACCUUCUCCAGUACAGGUAGUCUAAAUCAUAGUUCACUGGGCUCGUUGGAACCCAGUAUGUGUAACCCAGCAGAUAUUCACUGUAUUGAGGCACAAUGUGAGGCAUCAGAAGAUCCUGCCAUUAAGCAUUUCACUGGUGACGAGAGUGGAAUUACGAGACGCGCUUUCGAUUCAAAUUAUGACAACGUACAAGAAAGGGCGAAUGAGCAGUCGAAAGGAAAACAGAGCGGAGCUGAUGACACACUGAACAGUAUUGAUGAGUCAGAGAACAGUGCUGGUGAAACACUGAACUGUAUUGGUGAAACCGAGAACAGUGCUGGUGAAACACUGAACAGUACUGGAGAAACAGAGAACAGUGCUGGUGAAACACUGAACAGUAUUGGUGAAACACAAACGAAUACUAGUGUAACAUUGAACAGUAUUGUUGAAACACAAAAGAAUAUUGGUGAAACACAAAACAGUACUAGUGAAACACUUAACAGUAUUGGUGAACCUCAAAACAGUACUGGUGAAAUACUGAACAGUAUUGGCGAAACACAAAACAGUGCUGGUGAAACACUGAACAAUAUUGGUGAAGAAGUGAAGAAUGGUGAAGGAACACAGAAUAGCGUCGAUUUCGAAUUGUCUAGUUACAGUGUUUGUACGAAACCUUUUUCAGAUUGUGAUGACGUAGUAUGUUCCAUGUCUGCUAAGACGUGCCAGACUCUUAUUCAUGUUUCACCCACGAUUACAGAAUAUAUCACUCGGCUGUAAACGAGUAAAUUGGCAGUCGGUGAAUUUCAUGAAUGAAAGAGAAACAUUUUUUCUUCUUUUUUUAGAGGAUCACGUAAUCAGUUACAACCAACCGUUUUUCAAAUUUUUGUUUUUGUGUUUGUUAUUGAUCAUGAUUAAAUAAAACACAAUAAUAUUA